CUAGGGGCAGCACACGUCUAAAGAAUACCGAAGAAGAGACACGGAAGUGAUGGUGUUGAUGGGAAAAGUAAAUAUAACUUGUCAUCCAAGGAUUGGACAAAUACCGUGUGAGAGACCACCUACAAUAGCGUCUCAACUGAAGCGUUAUAGCGGAUAGGAUUUAGAUUAAAUAUGACACUCGAUUAAUUGAAUAAAUAAAAUAUAUUUUUUAUGUGUGUCGCCUGCACAAGUCCAGGGUUUACUCAGACACCUGGAAUAGGCUCCAGCAUACCCGCGACCCUUGUGACGAGAAACGAGUAACCACCAUGCCAUAUCUAGGCAAUGAAGACAUUGUGAAGGACCUGAGGAGAGCUCUGUCCAACCCUCACGUCCAGUCUGAUCAUCUUCGUUACAGGAACAUCAUCCUAAAAGUGAUCAGGCUGAUGUCACAGGGUGUAGAUGUAUCGAGCCUGUUCAGCGAGAUGGUCAAAGCGUGUGCCACAGUAGACAUUGUCCAGAAGAAGCUGGUCUAUGUCUUCUUGUGCUCCUACGCCGCUUUAAACCCAGAGUUGUCUCUGCUGGUUAUCAACACACUGAGGAAAGACUGUCAGGAUCCAAACCCCAUGGUGCGCAGCCUGGCGUUGAGGAACAUGACCAACCUGAGGUUACCCAGUUUGAUGGAGUAUGUGGAGCAGCCUCUGACAGCAGGACUGAGGGACAGAGCUGCUUGUGUGCGACGGGUCGCUGUCCUCGGCUGGGCUAAACUGCACAAUCUUCAACCGAAUUCUGAGAUAGAUGUGAAAGUGGUGAAUGAGCUGUACAGCCUUCUCAGGGACCCAGAUCCGGUUGUGAUGGUCAACUGCCUUCGUGCUCUGGAGGAGAUCCUUAAGGAGGAAGGAGGGGUCACCAUCAACAAACCCAUUGCUCAUCACCUCCUCAACAGGCUGAAGGAAUGCGAUGUGUGGGGUCAGAGUGAAGUCCUGAAGAUCCUCCAGCGCUACCAACCUCAUUCUGACGAUGAGCUCUUUGACAUCCUCUCUUUGCUGGACGCCUCCUUAGUUAGCACCCACCCUCCAAUCAUGGCUGCCACGCUGAGCCUUUUCCUCAGUCUCUGCUCUGCCUUGCCUGCAGUCAGCUUGGCAGCUCUAGAAAGAGUACAGGGUCCCCUACUGGCCGCCUGUGGCAGUCCGUCCAGAGAGAUGAGGUUCACUGUGCUUUGCCACAUCCAGUUGCUCCUACGGUCAGUCCCUGGCAUGAUGGGGGCACACUACAAACGUUUCUUCUGUGGCUAUGCCGAGCCGGCCUUUAUCAAGCAGAGGAAGAUGCAGGUGCUGGUAGAGCUGGUAAAUGAUGAGAAUGUAGCAAUGAUACUAGAUGAGCUGAAGGAAUACUGCACUGAUGUCAACACUGACACUGCCCAGGCUGCAAUAUCAUCAAUUGGUCGUAUUGGGAGGAGCUACAGUGACAGAUGUCUAAAAAUCCUUACUGACCUGCUUGGGCUCAAACAAGAACACAUCACGUCUGCUGUGGUGCAGACGAUGCGUGAUCUUGUCUGGGUGUGUCCUCAGUGUAGUGAAACAGUGUGUUCUGCUUUGGAAGGGUGUGAGGAGAUACUCCAGGACAGCCAGGGCAAGCAGGCUUUGCUGUGGUUCCUGGGAGCAUAUGGUGAUAGAGUCUCCAGCGCCCCCUACACCUUGGAGGUAUUCAUUGACGGUGUGAGGUGUGAGAACUCUUCAAGAGUCAAGAUGGAGCUACUGACUGCUUCUUUGAGAUUGUUUUUGUGUCGCCCUGCCGAGACUCAGGACAUGCUUGGUAGACUGCUGCACUACUGUAUAGUUUUGUUUUUCACAGGUGAGGAGACAGAUAUGUGUGUACGUGAUCAAGCGCUUCUCUACUACCGCCUUUUACAAUGUGGGGUGGACGAGACACGCAAGGUCCUCCAAGGUCGGAGGUCAGACCCAUCCUUAGGGGUUCUUAUCGGCCGUUCCGCAGAGCCUGUAAGCCAGUGGGCUCACAGUUUCAACACACUGAAGCCUCUCUGGCAGAACCCCGCAGAGACCGAAUCAGUCAACAGCGACAACAUUGAACACAAAGUCUCUGACCCCACCUCUGACCUCUCGGAAACUCUGAACUCAUGUCAAGUUGAAAGUGUUUUGACAGACAGUGGUGGUGAGUGUCCACAAACACCUACAGACGCCAUGGCGACCAGUGCAGUUGUCCCUCUUAGUUUGUUCCCGACUCUCAGCCCAGAGGACUUUGAGCGUUUGUGGCUGCAAGGUGCUGAGCAUGCUGAGGAGGAGAAUGAGGAUUACAUGUGCAAGACAGAACACAUCCAAUGUCCAGAUGUGACUCACAUUUUGCCACAAAGCUUUCAGGCUGCAAUGCAGCUGCUCAACAUCCAGACGCUGGCCUUCACGCCGCCCCACGUGUUCCCCUGGAGGGUCUACCUGUACACGCACGUUGCAGUCACUCCCCGCAGUACGCUCAUCCUGGCAGAGCUGCUCUAUACCGGAGAGACAAAUGAGGAAGGAGGGGCACAUGAUGGCACCGGAGAUACAGAGAAUGCAAAUGAAACGGCGGUAGAAGAAAAAGCCACAUUGGCACAGAAGAACAACAGCGAGUUGGCAAGGAAAGCUAGACACACGAAGGCCAUAAAAGUGACUUUAAAGCAGAAACCGAGAGAUGCCAACGCUCUUGGAGGGUUUCUCUCUAUACUCACUACUAUACUCCACACACUGUCCUCCGAGACUGUGUAAAUGUACAACAUCAGCACACAUUUUCCUGAAAAAGAUGCUGGGAGCCACCAUCAGAAGGUUGUGUUACCAUUGCUGGCCUGACGGGGGCGCUGCACAAUAUGCAUGCUCACCUGUGACAAAGUUUACACCUAUUCUGGGCGGUAUGAGAAUUAUCUUCAAACUAUUGAGUGGAAAACACUCAAUAGUAAGACACACAAUUAAUAAAAGUGCAGGAACGCCUUGGGAGUGGUGUGGACGUUUUAAUGAGGAGUCAAAGUGGGUGUCUUCCAGUGGAAACAAGAGUGGGUGUCAAGCGUGCUUCCUGAUGCCGAUAACUCCCCAUGAAAUGACAUGAGGAGAAUGUCACAGUCAAGUUCUCGCCAGCUCGUCUUUUCUACUGCUUGAAAAACACACCACGACACAGGUGACUGUAUUUGCAUAUCCACUUAACUUUUUAUUUUGUUGCAGACGAACGUCUACAAUGGAUUAUGUCUCGUCAAUGUCACCUGUGGGCAUCCCCUCGCCUCGUUGUCUCGUGCUUAUUUCCAUUCAUUGUGAACAGGCUGUAGUUUCGAUUCAACAUGAUUCUAAAGUCUCAUUUUACGCAACUAUACCAGCUCUGUUGAAAUUAACGUCUGGAAUUGACGGUUUACUUAAGUUUUUCUUAAGUAUUCGUUGUUCCAAUGAGUGUAUAGAAGAAAUAAUACAUAUAUAUACUCAUUUUGAGCUGUACAUAGUCAUACAUUUAUGUGCUAUAUUAAACAACUUAAGCCAUUUACCUUAAAGUGUCAACUGGCGCUAGAAUUAUGUUAACUAUUUUGUUAAAAUAUUAAGUCUUUGUUUCUGUUUUGCUUUAACUGCUUUAAUUACCUUUAACGUUUUAGUGUCGGCCAAGGACACUAGAGUUAAAUAGGACGGUAUAUUUACCGGAAAUGAAUGGAACAGAUUGAGCAGUGGGCGGGGCUAGGCUGCCAAUAGUUUACAAUGUAUUACAAUGUAUUCAAUAUUACUGAGUGAAGUGUAAAAUAUAAUAUUAACGCUGUGAAUGUUUUUUUUAUUGAACUCAAUGAACCUG